ACAUUUCCGCUCGUUGUGUCAUUAUUUAUUCAAUAUAUUCCUUCAUUACCAUGUGGAUCAUCUAUGUUCUGCUCGUACUGCUGGCAUCUUUGUGGCUGUAUGCUAGGCUCACUUGCGGACGAUGUGUUUGUCCUAGAGACCGAGUCUCGGGAAAGACUGUCGUGAUCACUGGCGGGAACGCAGGUAUCGGGCGGUGUGUCUCGACCGAGCUCGUUCGAGGGGGCGCGAACCUCAUCAUAGGCUGCCGGAAUACUGCCAAAGCUGAGAGUCUGAAGCUUGAGUGCGCUGAGAAAGGUUUCAAAGGUAAGAUACAGGUUCUGCAUCUUGACCUACAAUCAUUCGCAAGCGUCAGGAAGUUCGCUCAGGAAGUUAUCGGCAUCUCCCCGUCCAUCGAUGUUCUGAUCAACAACGCUGCCCUCGGUGUACCGGAGGAAAUUGUAAAAUCUGAGGACAACUUUGAAGUCACCUUCCAGACAAAUUACCUCUCGCCCGUUCUACUGACUCAUCUCCUAUUACCGAUUAUCAAACGAGACGGGGGACGCAUCGUGAAUGUUUCUUCAAUUCAGCAUUUGAUGGGCUCCGAAGUCCGCCUAGCGAAAAACAAGACUUGUCCCAGACGGAUAAUGUGUUUUGGGAGUUUUGUUUACGGCGACACCAAGCUGGCAAUGAAUUACUGGACGCGAACUCUGGCGCAACGCUUAGCUGGAACAGGUAUCACUGUCAACUGCUGCCAUCCCGGAUUCGUUCUCACUGACAUAUUCUCGCACUCAUACGGAAACAUCGCGCACUUCUCGCUGAGACUUCUGGCUAACAUUUAUGCCAAGACUCCGGAGGAAGGAGCUCAGACCAUUGUUCACCUCGUUCUGUCCAGAAACGCAUCGAUAAUAUCCGGCAAAUACUGGUCCGAUUGUGCCGAAGUACGUUUCCCAAGACGGCCCUUGAAGAAGUCUACGGCCGCGAUUCUGUGGAGAAAUACCAUGGAACAAUGCGGUAUCGAGGAAGACGACAGACAGAGAGAGGAGAUGUCAGGUUCCCGAUGA